AUGUGUUCGCGUGGAGUGUAUUUGCCCACGACCCCCGAUGAAUUGGGUGUUGUUAAUGCACCUAAUUUUCUCAGAGUUAAUUCAUUCGUGGACGACGAUAAAGGACCUGAAGGAAAUGAAAGUCCAACAUUUCAAGGAAAUUCCUCAUACCAGGGUGGACAGGCAGAAUUACCGAAUGAAAUCUCAGCUCCGUACGAAGUUCCCCAAUUUCCCAUUGAACAAAUAGAAAAAAAAUUGUUUAUUCAACGACAGCUAAAUUACAAACAAUUAGAGGAUAAACGUAGUCACUAUGAACCAUCACUUAAGGGUGCUGAAGAAGUCGAUGAUCUCGAUGAACAUGAUCUAUAUGUGCCACAUUUCCAAAGAGUAUCAAUUUCUGGCGAAGACACGAGUGGGGUACCUCUUGAGGAUUUGGAAAGAGCAUCUAAACUUCUUAUACAAUCUCUGGAAAUAAGACAGCGAUACAUGGAAAUGUCAUAUCAAAAUUUUUCGACCACUGUAGCUAGAUUUUUGGAUCCAAUGAGGGCUCAAAAACAUCAUGACGAAAAACAGUCAAUUGAAGAUCGAGAAUAUGCAGAGUUGCUGUUAAGAACUGCAAGGACCUCGUUCGAUGAUUCUAUUUUGAAGAUUUUGACUAAAGACAAUGUAGAGGAGAUAAUAAAAGAUGGUCCAGAUGUUAUUCAAUUUACUAAUGAUUUUUAUACUAUGUGUAAUAUGAUAGCUGAUGGACCACUCAAAUCGUUUUGUUAUCGUCGUUUGAGUUACCUUUCAUCGAAGUUCCAACUGCACGUCCUACUCAACGAAUUAAGAGAACUAGCAUCGCAAAAAGCCGUACCACAUAGAGAUUUUUACAAUAUAAGAAAAGUCGAUACUCAUAUUCAUGCUGCAUCUUGCAUGAACCAAAAACAUCUAUUGCGAUUCAUUAAGAAGACUUUAAAGAAUAAUGCUGACGAAGUGGUUUCCAUUACUAAAGGCGUACCGAUGACUUUGCGUCAAGUAUUUCAGUCUAUGAACCUUACAACUUACGAUUUAACAGUGGACAUGCUCGAUGUCCAUGCAGAUCGUAAUACCUUUCACAGAUUCGAUAAGUUCAAUGCCAAAUAUAAUCCGAUAGGAGAAAGCAGGCUUAGAGAGGUAUUCUUGAAAACGGAUAAUUACUUAAAUGGUAAAUACUUCGCUAAUAUAAUAAAAGAGGUAGCAAGUGAUCUGGAAGAAUCGAAAUAUCAAAAUUCAGAACUGAGAUUAAGUAUCUAUGGAAAGAGCAGAGAUGAAUGGGAUAAAUUAGCUCAGUGGGCUAUUACCCAAAAUGUUUAUUCUGAUAAUGUUCGCUGGUUGAUUCAGGUUCCACGUCUUUUCGACAUCUUCAAGCUGAAUAAAGUACUAAACUGCUUCCAGGAGGUUAUCGAUAAUAUUUUCCUUCCUCUUUUCGAAGUAACAGCCAAUCCGAGCUCCCAUCCUGAACUCCACAAUUUCUUGCAGUACGUGAUUGGUUUCGAUUCUGUUGAUGACGAGAGUAAACCAGAAAGAAAUCCUUUAUUUGACAAGGAUACUCCGACUCCGGAAAAAUGGACCGACGAAGAGAAUCCAAACUAUGCUUAUUAUUUAUAUUAUAUGUAUGCGAAUCUAACAGUUUUGAAUCAUUUCAGAAACGAUAAAGGUCUUCAUACAUUUGUUCUUAGACCGCAUUGUGGCGAAGCUGGACCGGUACAACAUCUUGUUUGCGGUUAUAUGCUUUCUGAAAAUAUUUCUCACGGUUUGCUUCUGAGAAAAGUUCCAGUUUUGCAGUAUCUUUAUUAUCUCGCACAGAUUGGUAUUGCAAUGAGUCCUUUAUCUAAUAACAGUUUAUUCUUGAAUUAUCAUCGUAAUCCUUUACCAGAAUAUUUAGCAAGAGGUUUGCAGGUUUCGCUAUCUUCUGACGAUCCUCUUCAAUUUCACUUCACCAAGGAACCGUUAAUGGAGGAGUACAGUAUUGCCGCUCAGGUCUGGAAACUCUCUAGUUGUGAUAUGUGCGAAUUAGCUAGAAAUAGUGUUCUGAUGUCGGGCUUUUCUCAUAAAACCAAACAAUAUUGGCUAGGUCCCAACUAUACUAAAGAAGGAGUUGCUGGUAACGAUAUAGCGAGAACUAAUGUACCAGAUAUUAGAGUCGCUUUUCGCUAUGAAACUUUAAUUGAUGAACUAUCUAAUAUUUUCAAACCUCAGCACCAAAACAAACAGAUUUUAAUUACUUAAAUGAAGCCAGUCCAGGGAGGUAUUGACUUUAAAUUGAGAUUCAGACCUCACGACAUGCGGGAUUAGUUUUUAAACAGAUGUAAUUUAGAAUUUGCCUUAAGAAUAUAGGUAUAGAAACUAGGGCUGAUCUGAAUAAUUUUAGAUACAAACUACUGGGUUUUUAAAUAAAAUAUUUUUAUUCGUUUUAAAAAUACGUUAAUACGUUCAUCAUUCAUUGAAAUGAGUUCUGCAAACAGGCGAA